AAUUGUACAAUGCAAAUUGGCAGGAAGGAAAGUGUUAAUUGUUUUCCUCUAGCUAUUUUGGCGUCAUUUGACAUUUUUUUAAGCACAGUAAACAGUGUAACACGUUCCUUGGUACAAAAGGUUCUGCUUGGCCUUUUCGAAUGGAUUCUUUUUGCAGUUGGGUGACUUUGAGAGUUGCUGGUGUUCUGUAACAGUGAACCAACCCUCCUCGCAUUCGUGGAGUGGACGGAAAUGAAUCUUCCUCCGUGGCCGCUGAGUCAUCAGCAGUGUGUGUUUGCUGAUUUUAAGCAAACGAGGAUGUUCUUAUCAAGCUGCUGCCCAAAGUUAACCUGCGUUUGGCAGCAGAUGGUUUGGGGUAAAGUGUACCUGGCUCAAAUAGUCAACAGACGGAACUACCCGGUAGCGAAAUACCAGCAGAGCAGCAGCAGAGAGGACAAAUCGCUUCUAAUGGAUAUAAAUGAACUGGAGGAGCAGUAUGACUCCAUACGACAGAAACAAAAAGAACAGACUCAUGUUGUUUUUAAAACUGGUAAAAGUAAACAUGAAAGUGGAUUGUUUUUCAAGCUCCAAGUCAAAACAGUGUCAGUCAACUGCACAGUGAGAAAACCAAAGGCAUUUGAAGAACACCUUCCUGUUAACAAUGUCACACUUGACUUUCCAAACAAAGAUUAUGUUCAGGAUGGCGAAACCCCUUGGCGCACACAUCUAGAUAUUUACCGUGUGCUGCAAGCACAGAACACUGGUCAAAAGAGUCACUUGCAGGCAAACAAGGAACCAGAUGAUCAAAAUCAACAGCCACCCUCAAUGAGCAAAAAAGUCCUACUCAAUAAAGAUAGAACUAAGUUAUGUAAUUAUAAAGGAGCCAGUGGUGAAGUAACAACACACAUCACCUGCAAACCCAAUGAAUUAAAGGCAACCCACUCUUUCACCAACCGUAAUCACUGCAUUCCUAAGAUCAAUAAAAGAUUUUCAUUUCCAAAUGAGAGAUCAAGUAUAUGGUCAAGCAAAAAUGGGCUUCUCACUAAAAUAGUACCAGUUGCCAUAAAAGGGGACAAUUACCCAUUCCCUCAAAUGAAGACUCCAAGGAAGUCUGACACUGCCAAGAACCUUGGCUUAUAUGCCAAGUAGUAUGACAUCUUCACCAAAACAGUAACUGUUAAGCCCUAAAAAGUGACUUGUUCCCUGGAAAUGAAAUUCCAAAUGAAAACACCGACUACUCCAUUUUUGAAAAUGUUAGCUUUCUUUAAAAGUCUGUUGAAGAAUUUUGUUUUUGAAAAGAAAAUAGCUCCUUAAGAGAGUCUGCAAAGGAAAUUAAUGAAACUUAGUGAAAUGACAUAUUAAAUGGGACAAAACAAGAUUACCCUGGUUGAUUAUGAACCUUAAUAAUGAGAUGUGCAUUGAGUAAAUACCAAGCAUUUCAUUUAUUGCAUGAGUAAUUGGGGUCACUAAUUUUAGAGUUGUUAAAAUCAUGUGUAAAUUACAAUGUUGUAAACUUAUUAACUGUAUUUUGUGAAAAAUCAACUGUUGUACUUCUUCUUUGCACUGCAUUGCUAUUUUUGUAUUACCUUGCUUUUGUCAGAAGCCAGUUUUCAGGGAAAUAAUUAAGCUUUGUCAUUUUACUCCUCACUGAGAUGAAGCAUCAAGCUACUAUAAAACUUAUCACUCAAUCUGUUCAAAAGCCAAUGAAACAUAUUGAUCAUGACAAGGCAAUUCAAAUGAUAUUUGAAGCUGAGAUUAAAACCAGAGAUUGGCAUCUGAAAACAUAAUAAACAUGUAUGAAACUCCACUAUGUCAACAAUCUUAGCUUGAUUAAGAUAAAUAGAAUAAAACCCCACUUAAAAUUGUGAAGAAAGAAGUUAGUUCGAUACAAAAGUAUGGCGCAGAUCUAUGGUGCCUCCAGCAUGAGAUAUAUAACUGAAGUCCUAUCUGCUUAUUCAGGCAACUAUCAAAGGUCUCUUGAUUUUAAUAAUUCUUAAUAUUUAAGAAAUUCUUCCACUUUCCCAAUCAAGGUGAAUCUCAUCAUAAUCGUUACCAGUAAAACAAAAAGGAUGCUGUUUGAGGGAACUUACUGACUAUAAAAUUGACUGUCACAUUUUCCUCUUUAAAUCAGUUCAAACAUAAGUCAUUGGCUAUAAAGAACUUAAGAAUUCGAAUUAGACAUCAAAUAUGCCUCAUAGUCUGUUAUCAUAGAUAUAGAAGUAGAAUUAGGCCUUUCGGCCCAUCAAGUCUGCUCUCUCCAUUCAAUCAUGGCUGAUAUGUUUUUUGACUCCUUUCUCCUGCCUUCACCCUAUUACUCUUGAUCCUUUUUAUGAAUCAAUAACCUAUCUGUCUUAAAUAUAGUCCAUAAAAUAGUCUCCACAGCCUUCUGUGACAAUGAGUUCCACAGAUUCACUACUUCUGGCUGAAGAAAUUAUUCCUCCUCUGAAUCCUAAAGGGUCAUCUCUCCCCUCUGAAGCUAUGCCCUAGUUUAUCCUAGUGAAACAUCUUCUCCACGUUCAUUCUCUCCAGGACUCUCCGUAUUCUGUAAAUAUCGAUAAGAUUAUUCCCUCGUCCUCCUAAACUCCAUUGAGCACAUCCAGAGAACUCAACUACUCCUCGUAUGUCAAGCCAUUCAUCCCAGAAUCAUUCUUGUAAACCUCCUCUAGACCCAUCCAGCAGGACAUCCCUGCUCUUGCAUUCUACACCUCUCAAAAUGAUUGCUAACAUUGCCUUCCUAACUGUCAAAUGAACCUGCAGGUUAACCUUAAAAGGAUCCUGAACUAGGAUUCCCAAGUUUCUUUGUGCUUCAGAUUUCUGAGACCUUUCCCCAUUAGAAAAUAGGCUUCACCUCUAUUCUUCCUACCAAAGUGCAUAACCUCAUCAUUUCCUACAUGGUAUUCCAUCUGCACUUCUUUGCCCAUA